AUGUCAGACAAACCAAAUAUUCCUGCACCUAAUUCUUUGGUUAAAUAUGCAAGUGCCACUUUGGUUUCUACUUCUGGAAAACCUAUUAAAGAUAAAAAAAAAGGAAGAGAUGCAGCUCCAUAGUCAAUUACUAAUGCAUAAACAGAGGAUAUAUUAAAUUCAAUUCUUCCUCCAAGAGUAUUAUAUUAAUUCCCUAAUUUAGGAAUAUACAAUGGAAAAAUAAUAAUUAUGGAUUUAAUGUGUCUCUUCCACUCCUGCAAAAAGAGUAAAUUUAUUUUAUAUUCAAAAUAGGAAGAUGUUAUUCUGCUUUAAGAAAAUUUAGAUAAAAAAUUAUAAUAGAGAUAAGCCAGAGAAACUGGUAUAUGCCCUAUUCGAGAAGAAUUAUAUGCUUAAUGUUUUGAUGAACUUAUAAGACAAGUAAUAUUUGUAAGUUACAAUUAGAUUACAAUAAAUUGUGCUGAAAGAGGACUAUUAUUAGUUCGAGUUAGAGAUGAAAUAAGGUAGACAAUUUAGGCUUAUUAAACUUUAUAUGAGAGUUCUAUUGCUUUUGGCAUGAGGAAAGCCUUAUAAGCAGAAUAAAGAAAAGUAAUUAUAAAAAUAUAGAAUUUUUAGACUGAUUACAAUAAUAAAAUUAAGUAAUUAGAAACUGAAUGUCAAGAUCUAACAAAACAGGUUGAAAAAAUAGAAAGCACCAUAGAAGAUAUGCAAAGAUUGGAUUAAGAAUAAUAAGAAAAUGAAGAAGCUAAACACAGAGAUUAAGUCAAUUUCUUAAAAAAUGCAAACAAAGUGUAUAAAGAAGAAUUAGAGAAGUUUCUCACAGGGGCUAACGUUAAAAAAUGA